AUGCCUAAGUCCUUACCAGGCGCUGUCCUCGACCCGGCCUCUACUAGCAUUAACUCUAGAUGGCUUUGGUUUCACAAGGGGUUCGUAGAGGGCCUCAAACGAGCGCGCGCCCCUUCCGAAACCGAUCAGAACUUUGAAAAUCUUGCAUAUGAACUAGCAGAAACUCAAGUAAAACUCGAAGAAACGCAGACAAAGCUGGACGAUACGGCUCAAGUUCUGGGAGAGGUACAAAAACUUUUUCGAGAAGAAAUCAUUGCGAGCUCUCAAGGAUCUGACAAUAAUAAUGAUUGUACCCCUUCUCCGAAUUCUUCUCCGACUUCUCCUUCGCUACAAUCUACGAGAACCUAUGCCGAGUCCUUGCAGCUACCGAUCACACCAGUCGCUACUCCUUUGUCCGCGAGGCGUGCUCUAACCUUGAGCGAUCGGCGACCGAGUUCUCGUAGCUCAUACGAGGCAAUACCUAACUACUACUCUACCUCAGAGGCCAGUCAAACAUCCGUCGAUGCCGCUUUAGGGACCCUUAUUCAAAAAGCCCACGACGGAGACGAGCGGUCUAUUUCUCUCAUCAAAGUGCUUUGUCGUGAAGCGCACGGGACUCCUCCAGAGCGGAAAACUUAUGGGCAACGUUACAUUCUUGCUCGCUGGAGAAACCCAUCGUUCUGCCCGCGGCGGGGCCGUUCCAACACCAAUCCAAGUUCCACUUCGAACCCACAUCUUCCUCAACUCAUCAAUCCUCAAAGUAACGAUCCCCCUGAGGCAUGGAUCGCAUAUUACACGCGAUAUCCCAAGUCAUUGCCCAAGGGUGUUCGGGUCAACUCAAAAACUAGGGUCCCACUUUUCGGAGACAUCGUAGCGAGUCGUCUCUUAGCUCGGUUGAGGCCGACUGCUUCGCAGUAUCGGGCCGAAUUCAACGUUGCGAUGAUCAAUCUGUUCAUCCACCGAGGGCAAUUCAGACAAAUGGUGCAGGAUGGGCAGAUUCAAAUCCCUCGAAUUGCGGAUAUCUAUCAACCAUUUGAGCCUGAGGGUAGGAUCGAGCAGGGACAAUUGAUCAGUGUUCUUGACGUUGCUCGUCAUUAUGCCAAGUGUGGCGUUUCUAUCGAAGACGUUGAGAAUUACGUCGAACCCUGGACUGAGGAGUAUGCAAAGCAAAAAUAUGAACUGUGA